GCAAGAGACAUGCAGCAUUGAAUUUGGAGGUUAUUUAUAUUUCUUUUUUUUUUUGUAAUAAAUUAUUAUUUUCUUUUAUUUUGUGUGACAUGAGAACGAAGUAGGAAACUCAAAACCUGUAACUUGGUUCAGUAAUAACUCAUACUCUAACUCUACAGCUCUACACUAUUAAUAGUCGACGUUUUUAUUUUUAUUAAAGAAACAUGGAUAACCUCGACGUUUGUAAGAAAGACACACCUGACAAGAAUGGAAAUUCUAAUGAGUUCGACGAAACACCAGUGAAGAAAGUAAAAACUACAAUCUGUGAAAGAGACCAGAACUCUCCACGUGACGACUACAUAGAUUGGGACGAGUAUUUCAUGGCAAUCGCGUUCCUGUCGGCGAAACGCAGCAAGGACCCCUGCACACAGGUGGGCGCCUGCAUAGUCAACAGGGACCACCGAAUCGUGGGCAUUGGGUACAACGGUAUGCCCACAGGCUGCAGUGACAAACAGUUCCCAUGGGGCAAAAAGAACAAGAUGAAUAAGAUGGAGAACAAGUAUUUGUAUGUGUGUCACGCCGAAAUGAACGCAAUUCUGAACAAGAACUCAGCCGACGUGAGGGACUGUCGAAUCUACGUGGCUCUAUUCCCGUGCAACGAGUGCGCCAAGCUCAUCAUACAGGCUGGCAUCAGUGAGGUGGUUUACAUGUCCGACAAGCAUGCGCACAAAGUCACAACUCAGGCCUCCAAGCGCAUGUUCUCUGCUAGCAAUGUCAAGUACUGGUCAGUGCUCUUUUCACUCAAGUUUAAUCUUAACAUAGAGAAAAUAUACCAUUGUGCUGACAACCUGAUAGAACGGGAAUUUGUCCAACAGCACAAUGGCCUCCAGGAAGCGGUAGUCGUUGACGAGGAAAUAAUUGAGUGGAUGUUGCCAGUGGCAGGAGAGGAGGUGGUGGUGGCAGCAGAAAAUGUAAGGCCACCUGCCCGACGCCGCCGAAGAAGACAGCAGGGAGUCCUGCAGCGUCCCAUCGAAGCCCAGCAGCAGCCACAUGCAGCCCCACGAAACAUGGAUAACCUCGACGUUUGUAAGAAAAACACACCUGACAAGAAUGGAAAUUCUAAUGAGUUCGACGAAACACCAGUGAAGAAAGUAAAAACUACAAUCUGUGAAAGAGACCAGAACUCUCCACGUGACGACUACAUAGAUUGGGACGAGUAUUUCAUGGCAAUCGCGUUCCUGUCGGCGAAACGCAGCAAGGACCCCUGCACACAGGUGGGCGCCUGCAUAGUCAACAGGGACCACCGAAUCGUGGGCAUUGGGUACAACGGUAUGCCCACAGGCUGCAGUGACAAACAGUUCCCAUGGGGCAAAAAGAACAAGAUGAAUAAGAUGGAGAACAAGUAUUUGUAUGUGUGUCACGCCGAAAUGAACGCAAUUCUGAACAAGAACUCAGCCGACGUGAGGGACUGUCGAAUCUACGUGGCUCUAUUCCCGUGCAACGAGUGCGCCAAGCUCAUCAUACAGGCUGGCAUCAGUGAGGUGGUUUACAUGUCCGACAAGCAUGCGCACAAAGUCACAACUCAGGCCUCCAAGCGCAUGUUCUCUGCUAGCAAUGUCAAGUACUGGCAAUACACCCCAAAAAGCGAGAAAAUAGUCAUCGACUUCAGUGAAAUUGAUUGGAAUAAAAUGAGUCAGAUGCCUGAGACUCCAGCCAAGAAUAAUGGACACUCUUAAACAGCCUUAUUCCUAGUUUUUAAAUUUAGCAGUCAAGCAUUCCAAAAAUUUGGUAAUUCACGUUUCUAGCUCAUGUAGUAUUAAUUUUUACUACUUCUUAACAGUAAUAUAGUUACUAUAUUUGGUGCUUCAUUCUAUCAAACUAGUGUGAACGAAUUAUGUUAGGUUGAUUCGCCAUCUAAUUGUCUUUUUUACUUUGGGCCUACUUUUGAAUAUAAAUAAAAAUAUAAAUCUGA